UUCAUUUCCCAUCAGACUCCCUCAGUGAGAAAAUAGGACGCAAGCUGCUGACCUGUUCCCUCCUCGGCAGGGACUCCAGACUUGUCCACAGGUUUCCAAACCUGUGAUCAGCAUUUCGUGGUGGCAGAGCUCCGAACACUUUAGAAGAAAAAGCUGUAUUUGCUUGGGAUCCAGAGCAGGAGAAAUCUCAGAGUCUGAACAGACAGGCGAAGAGAAGCAGCUUCUAUGGCUUCAUCAGUCUUGGAGAAUGUCAAGGAGGAGGUGACCUGCCCCAUCUGCCUGGAGUUCAUGCAGGAUCCUGUAAGCGCAGACUGUGGCCAUGUUUUUUGUAAAUUCUGCAUCACCAGAAACUAUGAGUCCAUGCAACAUGAAGAAGGAGUGGGCCACUGCCCCAUGUGCCGAACCACGUACCAGUUUGAAAACCUGAGGCCCAAUCGCCAUAUGGCCAACAUAGUGGAGAGCCUCGAGGAGAUGACUCUGACCCUGACAGCAGAUCUCUGUGAGCUCCAUGGGGAGAAACUCGUGCUCUUUUGUAAGGAGGAUGAGAAUGUCAUUUGCUGGCUUUGUGAGCGUUCUCAGAAGCACCGUGGUCACCACACUGUUCUCCUGGAGGAGGCCGAGCACGACUAUCGGGAGAUGCUUGGUAAAGUGCUAGAAAAGCUGAAGAAGGAUGAGAAAGAGAUGGAGAAGUGGGAAGCUCAUAUUGAAGAAGAAAGAACUUCCUGGAAGAAUCAAAUACAGGAGGAGAGAGAAGAAGUUGAGGCUGAGUUUAAGAAAAUGAGAAAUAUCCUGGACUCUGAGGAGAAAGAGUACUUGCAUAAACUGAAGAAAGAGGAAAAAGAUGUUCUGAGGGUCCUGGAAGAUUCUGAAAAGCAGCUGGCCCGGGAGGUCCAAUACUUGAGGGAGCUCAUCUCAGAUGUGCAGCAUCAGCUGCAGGGGUCAGCGAGGGCCAUGUUGCAGGGCAUGAAGGACACCAUGGAAAGGAGUAAGUCAGUCAUUGUGCAGGAACCAAGAACUUGCCCCAAGCGACAGAAGAUGGUGUUCCAAGCUCCUGAUCUGAAAGGGAUUCUCCAACUGCAUCAAGCUUCUGUGAAACUUUCUGCAAGCAACGAUCACAAUUUUGUCAUAAUUGCAAAUAUUUGUCAGAAUCAGAAAUUGCAGCUUAAAAAAAUCCAGGAAAGGCUUUCAGGAAAGCCUUUCUGAAAGAAAAGGCCACUGAAAUCAGGUGAUGGAACAUACUUAAAAUCCCCCUUAAACUUCAGUGUUUCAAGUUAUCCACCUAAAUGUGGCUACUGGGUCGGACGGCUGGAGGAGAAAUUUAAGCACAGUGCAUUUGCGGUGUCUGACAGCUCUGAUCCUUGGACCCUGGCCUCUUCUCUGGCUGUUCCUCCAGCUCCUGUUGGAGAUUUUCUGGACUCCGAGCCUCAUAUGCUGCAUUCUACAGUGUGGCACACCGUGGAUUUCUCAUCUG